AUGAAAUCAGAGGCCCACCUGUCUAACUGUGAUUCACCAGAUCAUUUCCUAGCAAUAAUGAAGGGCGAAAAAAAAGACAUACUAUGUAACAUGUCAUCCCAAUACAAUGUGGCCGUUGAAAAGAACAGAAAGAUCCUUGUUAGUAUAACAGAAGCGAUAGUGUUCUGUGGGAAACAGAACAUUGCCUUGAGGGGGCAUGAAGGUGAUAAGGGAAAAUUUCAGGCCCUAUUGCGCUUUCAGGCCAAGCAGGAUCCCAUUUUAAAAGAGCAUCUAGAACACGGAGAUCCAAGAUCUAUGUACCUUAGCCCCGAUAUACAAAAUGAGCUUAUUUCCAUUUGUGGAAAACAAAUCGCAGACAGUAUCGUGUCAAAGUGCAACAGCGCACCCUGCUUCGGGUUUAUGGCUGACGAGGCAACAUAUGCCAGCACUAUGGAACAGAUGGCCAUGGGCCUAAGAUACUUCGACGGAGCUGAUUUACGCGAUGAUUUUUUGGGGUUCGCUGAGUGCGAAUCAACUACAGGCGAGACGUUGGCCAAUGCCUUCUUAGCAAAUCUUUAA